CUUUUGUUGUUUUCAUUUUUUUGAUUUGGUGAAAUGGCGUCAGAAAGAGACCGAUCCAAGCAAUCAAACCCAAAUAAACAUAUACCGAAAGAUGCCCAGGUCAUAAUGUCCAUUCUGAAGGAACUGGGAAUUACCGAUUAUGAACCGCGCGUAAUAAAUCAACUGCUAGAGUUUACCUAUCGAUACGUCACCUGUAUUUUGGACGAUGCCAAAGUGUAUACAAAUCAUGCCAAGAAGAAAGUCAUCGAUCUGGACGAUGUUAAAUUGGCUUCGCAAAUGGUGUUAGACAAGGCAUUCACUGCACCACCGCCGAGAGAUGUACUGCUCGAAUUGGCUCGAGGUCGGAACAUUGCACCAUUGCCACUAAUCAAACCACAUUGUGGUCUUCGAUUACCGCCGGACCGAUAUUGUUUGGUAGCUGCCAAUUACAAGCUACGAGCGGCUCAAAACAAGAAAAUGACCAAAUCGGCAAUCGAAAAUCGAUCGACCAUCAAAACACAGAUCAAAUCAACGCCAACGUCAACCAUUAAACGUCCGGCGGUUAAUGCAUCAAAAUCACAAACGGUAACGAUACCGAAACCAGUCUUCAAGUUUAGCACUACGACGAAAACUGUGCCGGCUAAGGUGCGACCAGAUGUUAAGGUUGAGUCCGAUGAUGUGCUGAUGGAAGAGGUUACAAAUAAGCGGAAAAGAGAAGACGAUGAAUGAACAGUCGUUGUGAAUGUUGGAUAUAUGGAUGUGUAAUGAAUGAACUGGAAAUAAACUUAUUUGAGUCCAUAA